AUGCGGAGCACCCUCCGCAGCCCGAGCCCGGGCAGGGCCGGCGGGAGCCCCCGGAAGUCGGUGAGGAUCAGGCCAGCCGCGGACUUCAGCAACCUCCUGGACGUGGACGGGGACGGGGAGAUCGGCUACGACGAGUGGGUCGCGGCGUUCAAGUUCGUGGACCAGGACGGACACCAACGGCUUCAUCUCGAGGGAGGAGUUUACGGGUACUGGUGGCCACGGCGCUCUCCUCGACGCCAUCGACACCAGGCGCAAGGGUGGACGGCGGAUCUCGUUGACUGA